AUGAAUUCAAAUAUUACAAACGGUAUUAACCCACCAACAGUGUCGACCACACAUGGCAAGGUGAGAGGUCAAAUGCGCCAAGGUGUCUAUGGUGAUAUUUACUACAGUUUUGAUGGCAUACCAUACGCUAGGCCACCACUCGGAGAACUGCGAUUCAAAUCACCUCAGCCAGCAGAGCCUUGGCUGGGUGUACGCGAUUGCACCAAGUGCCCACCUAAAUGUAUGCAAUGUAAUCGUUAUACAGGUGUAGUUGAGGGAUCUGAAGAUUGCUUGUAUUUGAAUGUCUACGUGAAGCGACUGCGUUCUGACAGACCGCUGCCAGUCAUAGUUUACUUGAUUGGUGGCCGAUUUACAACUGGUGAUGCUUCACACGCUGCCUGGGGCCCGGAUUAUAUUAUGAUGAAAGACGUACUACUCAUAACCAUGGGAUUUCGCUUGGGUGCUUUAGGCUUUCUGAGCUUCCCCGAACCAGAACUCCAAGUACCCGGCAAUGCUGGACUCAAGGACAUAUUUUUGGCUCUACAAUGGAUCAAGCAGAACUGCAAUAAUUUCAACGGUGAUCCCAAAAAUAUAACUCUUUUUGGUCACAGUUCAGGCAGCGCCGCGGCACAUUUGCUCAUGCAUUUGCCUCAAUGUGAAAAUCUCUUCCACAAAGUCAUACUUAUGUCGGGCACACAAAUGUAUAUACGUAAAGUUCCCCAUCUGGAGUAUCGUUUUGCCAAGCAUUUGGGCUAUAACGGACCAGAUGAUAAUCACAAAAUUCUGGCAUACCUGAAUUCACUCGCACCAGAACGACUUUGUGAUCUAGAAAUCUGGACGGCAGAGGAAAAGGAACAAGGACAUUUCUUUGUAUUUUCGCUUACAAUCGAAAGUGAACACACACCAGAUGCUAUAAUUACCAAGGAUCCACUUGAUAUGUAUGCCGUUGAUAAAGAGGCUUGGUUUAAUGGUCUACCCCUGGUGUUGGGCAGUAACUCAUUUGAAUCACUAAUGCACUACAAAUACUUCACGAAACAACCAAAGCUAUAUGAGACCUUAAAAGUUCAUCCUGAGUAUUUAGUGUCACAUGAGGUGAGAGCAAAAUGUGAGUUGUCAGCGCAACAACAGUUGGCAAGAAAACUUAUACGAUUGCAUUUGGCUGAGAAGGAUUUGAAUAUCGAGCAAGUGUUCGAUGUCAUGCGUCUUUCCUCUUAUGAUUUCAUCUAUCAUCCAGUACAUCGUUUUCUGCAAACGCGUCUCGCGCAAGCAAAUGCGCCCACCUACUUCUACCGCUUCGAUUACGAUUCGCCUGAUUUCAAUUUGUAUCGCAUAAGGCAUUGUGGACGUGAAGUUCGUGGUGUUUCGCAUGUGGAUGAACUCUCAUAUAUAUUUUUCAUACCAGAUUCUUUCAAAUUGAAACGUGAAUCAAAGGAAUUCCAGAUGAUCGAGUGCAUGGUGGAUUGGAUAACUAGUUUUGCUGUUAAUUCGAAUCCAAAUGGAGUUAAAAUUAAGCCUUUAGUGUGGGAACCGUUAGCAACGGAAGGUGCGCGCUAUUGUCUUAAUAUUAGCGAUGAAUUGAGUUUUAUAGAGUGGCCAGAAGCUGAUACUUGCGCAAUUUGGGAUAAGUAUUAUAAGGAAGCGGGCAUACGGCUUUUUUAG